AUGGGCCUCACACUCGGCGUCUUACACGAGGCACUCUCCACCUACCACGACGUCACCAAGCAAUACCGGCGCCAAGUGGCCUACUGCGAGCUCGGGCCGCUCGUCUACUUUGACAUCGGCACCCACCGUGGCACCGAGGGCCGCGUUGUCGUGGAACUUCAGCAACAAGCACAGCCCGAGCUCAGCGAACAUCUGCUGAAGCUGUGCGCCGGGCAGUACUCGGACACCGGGGCUAAACCUCGCACCUAUGCCAACGCGAAAAUUGCGGCGAUCGACAAGCCGAGCCGUGUGCUGCUCGUCGGGAAUACAGAGGAUGGCGAGCCGACGUUUCACCCGGCGCACGUCGGUGGCGUCGUCGUCGAGAACGCGAGGCAGACGGGCCCCUGCUUCCAGGACGGCUCUCUGGUGAUGCUGCCGUUCUCCUGGAGCUCCCGGCACUUCUCCUCCCUGUUCUACUUCUACACCGGCUCCGCCACCUGGGUCCGCGAUGGUGUCGUUGUCGGCCGCAUCGUUGAGGGCAAAGAGGUCGUGGAAGAGCUGAUGGACUAUGGCACGGAUAGCGGCAUUCCGCGACAUCCCCUCUACAUCCUCGCUUGCGGUCGGCUU